CUCAUCUAAGUAUUUAUCAGUACUCCUUACAUUUUCAUAAGACAGACUGACUUCAUAUUGGUCUUUUUGUUUUUUAGCCCAUAAACUUAGAUAAAAAUCUAACGAUACCAAGUCUCAGCAAAGCUACUUUUCUUGGUAAAGCAAAAACUUUAAAAAAAAAAAAAAAAAAGGGAAAAAAAAAGAAGGAUGUUUUAAGGGAUUUCAAGAGUCACUGGGACAUUCUCCUCCUUGACCCCAAGCUGAAGUGUCUGCCCGUCGGUUUUCUUCAGGACCCAAUCAUUCUACCCAGGCUGCACACAUUCACUUGCUCCUCGAGACUCCAGCUUCCACCCACAAGAACAUCGGUGUCAUGAGGCCAGAAUCACACUUGCCCUGUCCCCUGCAAUGGCCCAAGGCUGACUUGAUGCCCGGGUCAAAUUGUAGACACCCACUUACAUAGUAACCCCAAGACACACACCCCACAAUAACACACUGGGCAGAAAGGAGUCUGGGUCCUCUUUUUGUCCGUCUCUCUAUUCUAGAACAGAAGGUGAGGAAGUGAAUACCUGCUGACCAUUUGAGACUUGGCUUAUCUGGGAUUCUCCCUGCCUGGCCCAGGGUGGGUAUGCACAAUUCCUGCACCAGACAGCGCAACUGGGCUCCAGGUUGAAGCCUGCUUGCACCAAGGGCUCUGAGAGUCAAGGUCGGCAACCAGUCUCUGCCAGGAAGUUACACACACCAUCACCCCUGCCCACCGACUUGUGCCACGGCAGACCUCCAAGGCGCAGGAAGCCUCCCUGCUACCGUAUGCCGGAAAGGAAGAGAGGUGGACUAUCUGGGACCAGGCCGAAUGACUGCCAGCUAAGGGGGUGCACCACGACGCACAAUUCCGCAUGUUGCACUCUGAGUAUGGGUUCCACGAGUAGGUUUCUGUAGGACUUCAUUUGUGGGAUAGCUGAAGGAGUCUCUCACCUUGAGAGCAAGAGGAAGUGGCAGAUUUACCGCGGGGUCCCCCAUAUUUGCCAGUCUCCUAAGCCACAGUCCUGGGAUCACCCUGCAUGCCUCCUUCUUGCUGCCAUUACCCAAGGCCAAUGGAAACUCCCUCUUAAUAUCUCUUGCAUAUUUCCAGUCCGCAUCAUCACUCCUGGCCCUUCCUUGGGGUCCAUCCAGAGAUGUCCGGUCACUGCACCAAUCACCAGGUCAAGAUCACUCAGCUCACCAGAGGGCCUGCCCUGCCCGUGCUGCUCAUGCCCAGAGGAAGCACCUCAGCAGCCCUCCAACCGGUUUCAGUUCCGUCUCCAGGAGGAAUUCUAAAAGCCACAGUGGCUCUAGUCUCCCCCUACUCAAAGCCCUUUGCUCUCCUUUGCCUUCCGGACGAAGCUCAAACUUCCUGAGAAGACUUGGAGGCGCUCUGGCACCUAGGCUCUGCCACCUUGUCACGACCCCCCCAGCAGCCACAGCCGUUUACCCAGAACCAGGGACCUGUCUGCAGAGGCCCGCCCUGUCCUCGCUGCAUCUUGGCUGUACACAUUCUUUCUGCCUGGAACUCGCUCCCUGCACCUCUGCAGCCCUCGAUGGUGACGAUAACUGCCAGAACAUCAGAUGAGGCCACCCGGAGCUGCUCCGAUGAUGGGAGUGUUCAGGCUGAGCGCGUCUAGAAAGUCGAAACUGACCGUCCACUCUGAGUAAAAAGACCACAGGAGCAAGGCUGUGCGGCUCGUUUGCCAGUCUGUAAAGUGGCCACAGCGUGAACAGGGUCAGCAGCCAGCAGGUGGGGCUGGUCCCGCCGGCCCACUCGCGCUGCCACAGCCUGGCCGACCAGGACAGACACCUCCGCCCAGCGAGGACCAGCCCGACUGGCGUGGGCGGAGCGCCGGCGACUUGUGGGCGGGGCCGCGCCGUCGGGCCGCCCCCCGCGCGGCCGACGCGUCAGGAUGUUGAUGUCAUGACGCCGGUUCCUCCCGUCGGUUCCCGGGCUCCGGCGGGUCACGUGAGCCAUUUUUCGCGCGAAAACUGGUUGUCGGUGGAGUCGCGGAGAGCAGCGCGGCGCAGCGAUGGCGGAAUCAUCUGAGUCCUUCACCAUGGCCUCCAGUCCUGCCUCUACAUUGAGGCGGCGGCGAAGCAACGAUCCCCUGACGUCCAGCCCUGGCCGGAGCUCCCGCCGCACUGAUGCUCUGACCUCCAGCCCUGGCCGAGACCUUCCACCCUUUGAGGAUGAGUCCGAGGGGCUGCUAGGCACAGAGGGACCCCUGGAGGAAGAAGAAGAUGGAGAGGAGCUAAUCGGAGAUGGCAUGGAGAGAGACUACCGUGCCAUCCCAGAGCUGGACGCCUACGAGGCCGAGGGACUGGCCCUAGACGACGAGGAUGUAGAGGAGCUGACGGCCAGCCAGAGGGAGGCGGCAGAGCGGGCCAUGCGGCAGCGAGACCGGGAGGCUGGCCGGGGCUUGGGCCGUAUGCGCCGUGGGCUCCUGUACGAUAGCGACGAGGAGGACGAGGAGCGCCCCUCCCGGAAGCGCCGCCAGGUGGAGCGGGCCACGGAGGAUGGCGAGGAGGACGAGGAGAUGAUCGAGAGCAUUGAGAACCUGGAGGACCUCAAGGGCCACUCUGUGCGUGAGUGGGUGAGCAUGGCCGGCCCUCGGCUGGAGAUCCACCACCGGUUCAAGAACUUCCUGCGCACCCACGUGGACAGUCACGGCCACAACGUCUUCAAGGAGCGCAUCAGUGACAUGUGCAAAGAGAACCGAGAGAGUCUGGUGGUGAACUACGAAGACCUGGCGGCCAGGGAGCACGUGCUGGCUUACUUCCUCCCUGAAGCGCCGGCAGAGCUGCUGCAGAUCUUUGACGAGGCUGCCCUGGAGGUUGUGCUGGCCAUGUACCCCAAGUACGACCGCAUUGCCAGCCACAUCCACGUGCGCAUCUCCCACCUGCCACUGGUGGAGGAGCUGCGCUCGCUGAGGCAGCUGCACCUGAACCAGCUGAUCCGCACCAGUGGGGUAGUGACCAGCUGCACAGGCGUCCUGCCCCAGCUCAGCAUGGUCAAGUACAACUGUAACAAGUGCAGCUUUGUGCUGGGGCCCUUCUGUCAGUCCCAGAACCAGGAGGUGAAGCCGGGGUCCUGCCCUGAGUGCCAGUCAGCCGGCCCCUUCGAAGUCAAUAUGGAGGAGACCGUCUAUCAGAACUAUCAGCGCAUCCGCAUUCAGGAGAGCCCCGGCAAAGUGGCGGCCGGCCGGCUGCCCCGCUCCAAGGACGCUAUCCUCCUCGCCGACCUGGUGGACAGCUGUAAGCCGGGAGAUGAGAUCGAGCUGACUGGCAUCUACCACAACAACUAUGAUGGCUCCCUCAACACCACCAAUGGCUUCCCUGUUUUUGCCACCGUCAUCUUGGCCAACCACGUAGCCAAGAAGGACAAUAAAGUCGCAGUGGGGGAGCUGACUGAUGAGGAUGUGAAGAUGAUCAUCAGUCUCUCCAAGGACCAGCAGAUCGGGGAGAAGAUCUUUGCCAGUAUUGCUCCUUCCAUCUACGGUCACGAAGACAUCAAGAGAGGCCUGGCGCUGGCUCUGUUUGGAGGGGAGCCCAAAAACCCAGGCGGCAAGCACAAGGUGCGAGGUGACAUCAACGUGCUCCUGUGUGGAGACCCGGGCACCGCCAAGUCCCAGUUCCUCAAGUAUGUGGAGAAGGUGUCCAGCCGAGCCAUCUUCACCACCGGGCAGGGGGCCUCAGCUGUGGGCCUCACCGCAUAUGUCCAGCGGCACCCGGUCAGCAGGGAGUGGACCCUGGAGGCCGGGGCCCUGGUGCUGGCUGACAGAGGGGUGUGUCUCAUCGAUGAAUUUGACAAGAUGAACGACCAGGACCGAACGAGCAUCCACGAGGCCAUGGAGCAGCAGAGCAUCUCCAUCUCGAAGGCGGGCAUCGUCACCUCCCUGCAGGCACGCUGCACCGUCAUUGCCGCAGCCAACCCCAUAGGAGGCCGCUACGACCCUUCACUGACCUUCUCGGAAAACGUGGACCUCACAGAGCCCAUCAUUUCUCGAUUUGACGUCCUGUGUGUGGUGAGGGACACAGUGGACCCCGUCCAGGAUGAGAUGCUGGCCCGUUUUGUGGUCGGCAGCCAUGUCAGACACCACCCCAGCAACAGGGAGGAGGGCCUGGGCCCUGAUGAUGCCCCGUUGCCAGCCAUGCCCAACACGUACGGCGUGGAGCCCCUGCCGCAGGAGGUCCUGAAGAAGUACAUCAUCUACGCCAAGGAGAAGGUCCGCCCGAAGCUCAACCAGAUGGACCAGGACAAAGUGGCCAAGAUGUAUAGCGACCUGAGGAAAGAGUCCCUGGCCACAGGCAGCAUCCCCAUCACCGUGCGGCACAUCGAGUCCAUGAUCCGCAUGGCAGAGGCCCACGCGCGCAUCCACCUGCGGGACUACGUGAUCGAGGAUGACGUCAACAUGGCCAUCCGGGUGAUGCUGGAGAGCUUCAUCGACACGCAGAAGUUCAGCGUCAUGCGCAGCAUGCGGAAGACCUUCGCCCGCUACCUUUCCUUCCGGCGUGAUAACAACGAGCUAUUGCUCUUCAUACUGAAGCAGCUAGUGGCAGAGCAGGUGACAUAUCAACGGAACCGCUUUGGGGCCCAGCAGGACACAAUUGAAGUGCCCGAGAAGGACUUGGUGGACAAGGCUCGUCAGAUCAACAUCCACAACCUCUCCGCUUUUUACGACAGCGAGCUCUUCAGGAUGAACAAGUUCAGCCACGACCUGAAGCGGAAAAUGAUCCUGCAGCAGUUCUGAGCACCCACAGCUGCUC